GCCUUCUUUCCCCUCAUCGUUUCUUCCCGCUCAAGCCACCGCCCUCCUCAGCAUCUGACCUCCCCGCCGCACCGGACGCCGCUGGUCGCGCGCGCGAUGGAGUCGACGUGCGUGUCGUGCGGCGAGGGCCCGGUGAUUCCGGAACCGGCCUCGGGCGUGCUCGUCUGCACCGCCUGCGGCGUCGUCCACGACGCCGGCGCCGACGAGUUCGUCAACUCCACCUGCUUCACCGAGGGCGGGGAACUCGACCGUCGCGCUGCCACCACCGUCCACCACAGCUCCCAGUCCCCCUACCUCGACCACAAACUCUACGCCGCCUCCGACGUCAUCACCUCCAUGGCCGCCCGCUUCUCACUCUCGGCCAGCCGCGUCGACGAGGUCCUCAGAAUAGCCCAAUCCGCCACCGACAGGAAUCUCGCCUGCCUGGGCACUGCCUUUCUCCCUGCGCUCGCAGCCGCCUGCACCUUGCUCGUCGCGCGAUCCCACCGCCUUCCGAUCUCCUUCGCCGAGGCCGCUGAGGCCGCGGCCUGCACCACGUUCGCGCUCGCUAACCUCGUGUACCGCAUCGCCUCCCAACUCUACCUCCCUCCCCUCCCGUCCUUUGACUACUCCGCCGCGCUCGAACGCGCGGUGGAACGCUCAGGCAAGCUCACCGAAGCUGCGGGUGAGAAGAGGGAUGCCAUCCUUUCCCAAGCCCGAUUUCUCCUCUGCUGCGCCUCCAAGUGGUCGCUCACGACCGGAAGGCACCCGCUCCCACUUGUCGCUGGCGUGAUAGCUUUCGCGGCAGAGCUGAACAAGGUCACCUCUGUCUCUGUGGAAGAUAUUGCCCUGGAUAUUUCGGCGGUGCCGCACACCAGCCGCCUCCGAUACAACGAACUUGUUGCUGCGCUGGUGGGUGCCGCGCAGAAGUUGCUUCCGUGGGGCUCCGACGUCAAUACCAGAAACCUUCAGUUAAGUGCCCCCAGCCUGCUGCAGCUCAUGCAGAUGCAGUCACAGUCCGGCCAGUCGGAACAGUUUCAAGAGUGCUUCCGUCCAGACAUUGCCAGCACUGUGAAGGAGUACUCAUCUGUUGACUUGGACGAAUCCAAGUACUUCCAGAUUGACCCCCUUGAUGUUGAUGAUUUCGAUUUCAAGAAUUAUGGGCAAGAGUUGAAGGAACCAGAGGAUUUGAAGAUCUUAGAGGGAUGCAUGUCAGAUACUUACCAGAAUAUCUUGAAGAGGAUUGCUCAGCUAAAGGAACUUGGGAACUUUGGUAAAGUUCCUAGCAGGAGGAAGCGGUGGAAGAGAGAGUUGGAGCUGGAACCAUGGGAUAAUGCCCAGACCAAGAACAAACCCCUCGAGGAGGAAGCAGAUAUUGACAUUGGCUAUGAUGCACCUCCUCCAUCCUUUACUGCUGGAGUGGAUUUGCAGAAGCGGAGGCGAACACGGAUUGAAGCUGCUAAGUGUCGGAUCAAUGAAAUUAUGAAGGCUCCUGCUACUCGUAUUGCAAAUGCAAUUGAUUCACCGUCUGCUCUUGGACAUGAAGAUGUCUGUCCACCACAAAAAAAUAUCAGGAAAAAUCAAUGGCGAAAGAGACGAAAUGAAAAGGAUCAUCUGACAGAGAUUUCAAAUGCUCCGGACUGUGUGAAGAAGAGAAAGAAAAGAGACUCAUGUAAUGUUAUUGACUGGGAAGAUUGUGUCAUUGAGCUCCUGUUAUUACAUGGUGCAAAUGAAGCAGAGAUAGAACAAGGCCAGUACAAAAGAUUGUUGGAGCUGCGUGUCUUCAGUGCAUAAGUGGAGAGCGAUGAAAACUUGGCGAUGCAGACUCUCCAGUCAUUAGUAUUUGAUUACUGGCUUGCUUUCUGAACAUAGGUUGUCAUUACUCUGAAUCAUGCAUAGUUUUUGUUAGAGAAAUUCCUCGCUGUUUGCAUUAUUCACAUGAUUGCAUCCCGAUUUG